GCCAUCUGUUGCCGCGAGAGUGAACCGCUGAAGAAAGGAGAGGCGGUGGACACGUUUCCCGCCAUAUUUAGCGCCGCAGCCUUAUUUAACAGCGUCUUUUCCCCCUCGCGCCGCUGCCCUGCUAUGUGAGCCUCCGCAGGGGCGAGGCACCGCUGGAGUACGCCGCCGAGGGACGCGGAGAGAGGCACGCAAAGAGCAGCGAUGGGCCGCGGGGACAACCUUGCCAUCCUGUACCCUCCGGGGUGCCGGGAGGUGACGGAGGAUGUGGGGUCGGAUGAGCUGAUCCGCCGGCUGAAGACGCUAGCACACACACUGCAAUCCAUGGGCCAGGAUGAUGGGGCCUAUCAGGAGUACAUUCCGCUGGCCAUGCAUAUCGCCGACGAGUUUUUCCUGACAUAUGGAAGUCGCGAUGUUCAGCUCCUCAUCGCGUGCUGCAUCGCUGACAUUCUACGAGUCUAUGCACCCGAGGCUCCCUACAAAGAUCCCGCCCAGGUCAAGACCAUCUUCAUGUUCCUGAUCAAGCAGCUGGGCGGCCUCAAGGACCCCAAGGACCCCGCCUUCAAGCGCUACUUUUACCUGCUGGAGAACCUUGCCUACGUCAAGUCCUUCAACAUGUGCUUUGAGCUGGAGGACUGCCAGGAGAUAUUUUGCAAGCUCUUCAGACUCAUCUUCAAUAUUGUCAACGACGAACACAGCGGCAAGGUCAAGUCGUUUAUGCUGGACGUGCUGUGUCCGCUCAUAAACGAGAGCGACGUGGUGUCCAAUGACCUGCUGGACAUCAUCCUCAUGAAUGUGGUGGAGCCGGCCAAGUCCCAGCGGAGGAACGCCUACCAGAUCGCCAAGGAGCUGAUCGUCAAGUGCUCCGACACCCUGGAACCUUAUAUCCAGGCGUUCUUCAACACGGUUCUGAUCCUUGGACGCGAGGAGAAGAGUUUGGUCAUCUCCAAGAAAGUGUACGACCUCAUCUAUGAACUCAACCACAUCUGUCCCUCUGUACUACUCGCUGUGCUGCCCCAGCUGGAGUACAAGCUCAAAAGUGCGGACCAGGAGGAACGCUACAGCUCCGUGUCCCUGCUCGCGCGCAUGUUCUCCGAGAAGGACUCCAACGUGGCCAUCAACCACACGCCACUCUGGGAGGCCUUCCUGGGCAGGUUCAACGACAUCAACAUCAAGAUACGGACCAAGUGUGUUCAGUACUCCAUGCACUUCCUCCUCAACCACCCACUGCUGAGGAAAGACAUCACCGAGACCCUGAGACUGCGGCAACACGACUCAGAGGAGAGCGUCCGGUAUGAGGUGGUGAUGGCCAUUGUGUCCACGGCCAAGCGGGACCUGAGCAUCGUGGCGGACAGUGAGGACCUGCUGGACUUUGUGAAGGAAAGGACGCUGGACAAGAAGUUCAAGAUCCGCAAGGAGGCGAUGUGUGGGCUGGCCAUGAUCUACAAGAAGCACCUCAACAACCCUGACGUGCCGCCUGCCACGCGCCACGCCGUCACCUGGAUCAAGGACAAGAUUCUGCACGGCUACUACAUGACUAGCAUGGACGACAGACUACUUGUGGAGCGGCUACUCAACACCUGCCUUGUGCCGUACCAGCUGCCACCCGAGGACCGCAUGAAAAAACUCUUCUACCUGUUCGCCACCAUCAACGAGAACGCGACUAAGGCCUUCGUGGAGCUGCAGAAACACCAGCUGGCGGUGCGUCGCUACGUGGCAGAGAUCAUCGAGCUGCACCGCAAGCCCCAGGACGAGGAGAGGGAUCGGGAGGUCAAUGUAAGGCUCAACCAGCUCACCAAGUACCUCCCGGACCCCCUCAAGGUGAUAGAGUUCCUGAAGAAGUUCUCGCAGCACCUCACCACCGACCCGCAGCUCCUGUCCCUCAUGGAGACGAUCGUGGGCCCAGACGUGUCGUGCAAGGAGAGUGUGGACGCUGUGACCCAGAUCCUGAAGAAGCUUGGCCAGCCCGUGAUGACCAACCUGUACUACAACACAAUCAAGAUGCUGCUGGAGAGGGUGUCGUCCGUCAUGAUCGAUCAGGAGGCGCUCAAGGUCCUGCUGACGCUCGUGGAAGGCGCGCUGGAGUACGACUCGGAGGUCCUGGACUCGCUCAACCUCACCGCCGAUAUUGCCAUGGAAAAGGGACUGAAAUUGCUCUUUGUGCUGUCCUUCGUGUACCGCGCCCACUUCUUCAACGAGGAGAUCCUUGAACGCCUCUACAAGCUGCUGAACACCACCACCAACAAGACUGUGUCCCUGUCUGUACUCUCCAUCCUCACACAAGUUGGGAAGUACAAGCCCAUCGGCGAGGUGUUCCCCAGCAUCGGGGGAACCCUGAUCCCAGUGUGCCAGCGGUUCGCCGAGACCGGCACUCCCAAGCAGGCCAAGCAUGCCGUGCGCUGCCUUCACACAAACUGCACAGAGUCCGAGGAGGUGUUUGAGAAGAUACUUGAGAAAAUCAAGGAACAGCUCAGCUUCAGCAGCCCACACUUCCGCACCUCCAUCGUGUGUCUGGGCCACAUAGCCUUCAACAUGCCGGAGAAGUUCCUCGUGCCCAUCAAGAACAUCGUCUCCAGAAAGGUGGUGCGUGAGCUGCUCAUGAUCAACCAGACGCCGCAGCACACCCCCGGACAGGCCGCGAGGGACGAGGCGGAUGACUGGGUGGAGGAGGAGGACCUGACGGAGGAGACCAUAGUCAAGAUGGAGGGCAUUAAGAUGAUGGCUCGCUGGCUACUUGGCCUCAAGUCGGACGUGAUCUCGGCGCAGAAGACCUUCCGCAUGCUGAACCACUUCAUCAUCAGCAACGGAGACCUGCUGAAGACCGGGAAGAUGCUGAAAAGUGAGAUGGCCCACCUGCGUCUGGCGGCUGGCUCUGCCAUGCUCAAGAUCUGUGAGCAGAAGGGCGUCGGGGACCAGUUCACCUCGGAGCAGUUCUACAACCUGUCCAGACUCAUGAAUGACGAGAGCCCGCAGGUUCGUGAGAGGUUCGCGGCCAAGCUCCACAAGGGUCUGCUGCGCGGCAUCCCCAACAAGUGCCUGCCACUGGACUUCAUGGGCUUCUAUGCGCUGGCCGGCCUGGAGACCAAGAAGAGCAUGCGCCAGGCCGUCAAGCAGUACAUGAUGACGGACAUUAACAAGCGACGGGAGUACAUCCGAGGCCUGUCCAUCAGUGUGGGAGGUGAGAAGGCCCAGAGCCAGAUCCCGUUGAUCAUGCCGGACUACAUGCUGGUGUUUGCCGUGCCUAUCCUGGCCAACCAGCCGUUCUUCAAGGACGCCACCAAUGUCGAGGAGCUGCUCAACGUCCGCGCCUGCCUCUGGUUCAUCCUGGAGCCCCUCAUGCACAAGAACGAGACCUACUCCUUCGGCUUCUACAAGGCCCUCAUAGAACAGAUGAAGAACCACAAGGACGCGCUCAGACCAGAGGAUGAGCUCGCUAACCAUAAACUGUGGGCGGUGUGUGACCUCGCGAUGGGUCUGAUCCUGUCCAAGACCAAGAGCUUUGAGAUGAAGGACUUCCCCUCGGAGCCAAGGAUCCCCCCCAUGUACUUCAAGAAGCACGACGACCCGAACUUUGUCAAUGUGAAGUCCUACCUGCCCUCGGAGCUCCAAGUGACAGCUCCCAAGGGGUCGGUGAAGGUGCUGACAGGCAUCAAGAAGCCCACCAACAUCAUCAGCGCCAACAAGUCCACCAUCGGGAUCAUCAAGCCACGCGCUGACACCAGGACAGAGGAGGUGACCACGACAGGUAGCAGUAUAGACCUGCCCGUAAUGAAGGGGGUCAAGGAAGCCGAAGACACCCUAAUGGAGGACGAGGAGUCUAGCACCACCUUAGCCAGCGCACGGAAGCGAGGCCGCACCAUGUACAUGCUGAACGAGGACCUGGAGGAGUCAGAGGAUAACAGCACGCUCACCAACGUCCUCCCGGCGACCACCAACCCUGACCCGCCCACCAACAAGAAGAGGAAAUGUGGGAACAGUCUGCAAGCAAGGAUAUGUAGCCAUCUACGGGAAAAGAUCAACAGCAAGACGUGAGUAGCCCAGCCUGGGGGAGCAGCGUUCGCAAGAGAAGAAUCUUCAUUGGACACCGAGGCAGAGAAGGGACUGUAGUGGUGCUUAGUGUUACACAGAUAGGACCAAGAAGACUGCAUCCUCUUGUGUUGGACCCCCGCCACAUAGUAUCCAUACCAAAGUUUAGGUAUAUUAUCACGCUGGGGCUGAGGAAGGACGGACGCUCUGUGCUGGUCAGUCAGUCAGUCAGUCAGCCAGUCAGUCAGUGGGGUGGCCGUGGCUGUGUCCGCUCAGAGCCUGUGCUCCGUUGGGCCUCACGCGGCUGCCAGAUAAUUCACCGUUCGUACGUCACAUCACUCUUUCCACCGUGUGUUUGGAGAUAAGACUUGCCACGUCGCCUCGUGUGAAUCUGUGUCAUCGCCGCCGAGGUGUCGCAGGAGGGCCACUCGAGGUGUUUGCCUUCCUUUGUCUUGCCGCGACGCACCAGCAUCCGCCAUGCAGGGACGCACUGAAGUGUCUUGGACAGGGACAGACAUUGGCAGCUCCUCCUGUGUCUUGCAAGUCAUUAUUUAUUCUCACCCCGACACUCCUUCCUGACUGGCAAUGUUCCAAAGCCUUGCCUCGACACACCCACGGAGAGGCAGCGAGACAGGGGACAACACUGUGGGACGUUUGUGUGUGUGUGUGUGUGUGUGUGUGUGUGUGUUUGAAGAGAAAAUCAAUACAGCAAGAUUUAUGGACACACAGAAUCAGAACACAUAAUUAAGAGACAUGUGUCAUCCUUUCAGAGAGAGAGAGAGAGAGAGGUUGUGUGUGUGUGUGUGUGUGUGUGUGUAUGUAUGUUUCAGUUCUCCAGUGCCCCAGACAAGCAGUAGACGAAACAGACCCCCAACACACACACACACACACACACACAUACACACACACACACACAUUCAGACCUGCAGUAUUUACCAAUUAGUUCUGGCUUGGAUAGGGACACACAAACCUUCCAUCGGUCAGCCCUUUCUUUGCUCUUCGGUGCGGCUGUCCGGAGGGUGAGCUGACCGGCUGACUCAUCCAGACGCGACAUUCCUUCCUUAUCCCUGUCACCCGCCACCUCUCCUUUGUAUAAACUCAUGCCACACACACACAAACACACUCACCCAAUCACUCACUCAUACUUUCUUGGGUGCAUCCCUCGGACACUUGAUACAACUUUCUGUUUUGUUUUUAGGUCACAAAUGGCUUCGUUUUUUUUCUUCCUUUUUUUCCCUUUGUUUCUUCGUUCCUUCCUUUCUCUGGGUGUUGUAGUGUUGUAAUGUCUCGGUUAAUUUAUUUUUCUCCGCGUCGAUCUUCAUUUAGUUAUACGUUUUGUCCUCUGAAAAGGCGUAAGAUGAUAGUUCCGCCACAUUUGUGUAUUUUAAUGUAUUGUACUAGGGCACAGUUUGUACCUAUUACGUAAACACACACACACACACACACACAGACGCACACACACAUGCACACAAGUCAUCAUCGUACAUUACCUAGGCGAUAUGUUUACUUGUGUAUAUAUAUAUAUGACGUAGGUUUCUUAGUGAUCACCAGAAAGAAAUAUUUUGCAUAAUUAGAAUUCUGGGCUUUUCGACACCCCUCCCCUGACCCCCCAACGCCCCCCUACCCACACACGGCCGCCAUGGGACAAACACACGACAAACGGAUGAAUGAACGAACAGGAUCGGCAGUGCACGUCGGUGAAAAAGAUAAUAAGUGGAAAAAAAACAACGCAGAGUGAGAAAGAAAAACAAACAUAAUGGGAAAGAUAUUACGCAAACACGACCUUGGAAAGAAAACAAAAACUGGAAAAACGUAUGAAAUGAAAGGUUUUGAAAAAAAAAAAGAGAAAAAAAGUAACGACAAUUAAAGAAUAGAAAUAAAAAAUAACUUCGUGCCUUAUUCCUCUCCGCAGAAAACAGGUCACCGAAUGCGUUUUUUCCCCAAGCGCUUCAGAUGCGACUGACGAUAAGAUUCCACUGUAAGACAUAAGAUUUUCCCGCCUCCAAGCACCACACUGCGUUUGUCCUGGUUAGCCGUGAGUUGGCAUUCGUGGGUGUGUACGUAUGUGUGUGUACCUACGAGUGUGAGUAUUACGCCUCCAAAGAGAUUUCUCCUCCUUUGGCUACGGGAGGGAGAUGAAGCAAGUGAAACGGAGUGCCGAGUGUCAUUAUUACACGUCAAAGGCAAAGCAGAGAAGCUGUUUGACUGUUUCUUCGGCUUGUAGAAAACCCUUUGUCCGUCAGCCAUCUGAGGAUCUUUUCAACACUGCUUUGAUGUGUGAAAAACGUCUGAGGGAUUUUCAACUCAAAUGCAUACUGAUGAUACACAGCCAGCCAGAGGAGCUGUGGAAUUGUUUCUUUGACUUGUGAAAAACCUCUAUGUUUUGAUGUGCUUUGAGACUCGGAGCACAUCAGAACACUCCAGCCAUGUGCUUCGUAUAAUUUAAAGAUGCACGUUUGCCAGCAGGUGCGUAAUGUAGGUGUUUGUGUUUUCUUUUCCUGGGAGAUUACGUUGUUCCAUAAAGAGUCGUUAUUCACAAGUCAAAGCAACAGUCAGCCGGCUUCUCUGGUUUGCUGUUUAUCAGUAUCAUGCGUUUGGGUCGAAAAUUGCUGGGAAGGUUUUUACAAGUCAAAGCAAUAUUGAAAAGAUCCUCAAAUGGUCAACGUGCAGGGAGGUUUUUCACGAGUCGAAGCAACAUUUCUGCAGCUCCUCUGGUUUGCCGUGUAUCAUCAGUGUGCGUUUGAGUUGAAAAUUCCUCGUACGGUUUUCACAAGUUGAAGCAAUGUUGAAAAAGUCCUCAGAUGGUUGACAUGCAGUGUUUUCCACAAGCCGAAGAAACAGUGACACAGCUUUGAUUUGCUGUACUAUAUCAUUAUGCGUUUAGGUUGGAAAUUCCUUGAGAUGUUUUCACAAGUCAAAGCAAGAGUCGUACAGCUCUGGUUUGCUGUAUAUCAUUACGAGUACAAGUAUUAUGAGUUUGUGUUGAAAAUAUUCCCCAGUCAUAUUUCACAAGUCGAGGCAACAGUCCUUCAGCUUCCCUGGUUUGCUGUAUGUUAUGAUUACAUUUGUUGAAAAGUUCCCGAGAUGGUUGACGUACAGAGAUAGUUUUCACAGGUCGAAGCAACAGUUAUGCAGCUUCCCUGGUUUUCUGUAUAUUAUCAUUACGUUUGCUGAAGAGAUCCCCAGAUGGUCGAUGUACAGAGGCGGUUUUCACCAGUCGAAGUAACAGUCAUAUGUCGUUUCCAGUUUAGUUUGUCACAUUCGUUAUAAAAAGUCCUGAGCUGGUUUGUAAAUUUCCCUCUCGAUUUAUCCUAAUUGUCAUGCCAGCUUUUACAUGUCUUCAUAUGAGGCUGUGGCUUGAUUGAAUGCGCUUCCUGACAUCACUGGAGUAUGAACCGCCUCACCAUGGCUCUGUACCUCUAACCCACAUGGUGAGCGUACCCACUUUCAAUAAUGCGGGGUGACAUCACGAGGCAUUUCAAGGAACCUUCACACAACUGGUUCAGCGCUUCAUCACCAAAUUGCUUUCAGUAAGAGACGAGUUUCCUGGCAGACUUGGAUAGCUACACAGGAAUAUGACACUACACGCCUCGUAUCAUCCUAGUCUCGAGCUCACAGGCGUUCACAGACACACUCGCUCCGGUCAGGACAGGCGGAGGCAAAGGAUUGGAACGGGGAGUAUUGUUAGAUUCGAUUGUAUUAUUAUUUAUUUUCCUUUAUAUGUAUGGUCUCUUGAGUACAAUGUUGUCUUAGGCGAGUUGGUGAAUCGGGUGACAAUUAAGGAGAUGAAUAAUUGGAUGGAGAUGUUAAUUGUCCUUCCCAUGAUGAUAUGAUUAUAUUUAUUGAUUUUUUAUUUGUGAUAUGGAUGUUUUUUUAUGCUUUAUUUAUUUUUGUUGUUUUUUAGAUUGUGAAAAAUUAAUGAAAAAACAUACAAUUAGAAGGAACCUUUAAUUAACUUCACUUCUAAUGGUAGACAUGUUUUUAUUCUUUUGUUCUCGUCACGUCAAUCCUUUUCUAGUUACUUAUUUUCUUUUUUGUCUCCCUAAAAUUAAAUAGGAAUUAAGGAGGCAAGCAGUUAGGAGGAAUCUGUUAAUUACACUUCCAAUCAUACAAAGGUUUUUUCUUCCCCUUCGAUGAUAACGGUAAUCUUAAUCACUCAUUCCCCGGCAUUGAGCUCAUGAAAAUACCAGAACGGAGGUUAGCGGGCUUUUUUGUUUUCAUUUACUUUUUGCCCUUGAGCUGCUUCCUUUACUGUAACAAAACAACAAUAAUAAUGAUAACUAGGAAGCCUCAUAAACUCCACCUCCAAUCACAGAAAGUUUCAUCAUAUCACUUGCAACAAAUACAAAGAAACUACUUAUUCAUUUCACCAACACUUCAGUCACUACCCAACUCCAUGAGGGAAAAUGAGGAUGUUAAACAAGAAAAAGAUGAAAGAGAAAAAGAAGAUGGUAGAUUGGUCUCUUCCGAACCCCAUAAUGGAAAAUAGGAACAUUAAAGAAGUAGAAGAGAAAGGGGACGAUGGUUCAGUCACUGCCCAAACCGACAUGGACAAUAAGGACUUGAACUGAAAAGAAGAGGAAGAAAAAAGUUCAGUCUCUGCCCAACCCCACAAAAAGGAAAAUGAGGACAGAAAACGAGGAAAAGAGGAAGACGACGAUAGUUCAGCCACAGCCCAAACCCAUAAAGGAAAAGAAGGAAUGUUAAAGGAAAAGAAGAAGAGGGAAAAGACGAUAGUUCAGCCACAGCCCAGCCCAUACAUAAAGGAAAAGAAGAAAUGUUAGAGGGAAAGAAGAAGAGGGAAAAGACGAUAGUUCAGUCUGCCCAAACCCAUAAAGGAAAAGAAAGAAUGUUAGAGGAAAAGAAGAAGAGGGAAAAAGACAAUAGUUCAGUUACUGCCCAAAGGAUCCAUAACACACACACUCGCUGCCUAACGUAACCACACACAAUGAGCCUUUUGUCACUCUGUCCUUGCUUUCGUAACAGCCACGGAAGAGUCGGUCAAGUCCCUGUUGAUGGCGACGAACAAGUGCUUAAGUUUGCUAUUUAUUUAUUACGUUCAUCUCUUUUUAAGGUGUCGGUGGUGUUGGUAAUGCUGUCAGGUAUCCAGAUGGUGAUGGUGGUGGUGUUGCCUUACUGGUGAUGGUACGCUCAAGAUUACGUUUCUUUCUCUCUUGUGUUGUGUCGAGAGGGGGUGUGUUGUGUUGUGUUGAGAGGCAUGUGUUUUAUUGUGUUGAUAAGUGGGGAAGAGUACGAGAAACGAAAUAGAGGAAGAGGAGGAAAAGUGAGAUUUGAAAGAGGAAGAGAGAAAGAGAUGGAGAAAAGAAGGAAAGAAAGAGGAACAAGAGGAAAACAGUGAGGUAGAGAGGAAAGGAAGAGGAAGAGAAGAAAAUAAAAAGGAAAUGAGCAGCAACAAAGAUAAGUGUAGAAAAGAAGGUGAGGAGAAAUAAAUAAAAAGAAAAGAGAAAAGAGAAUGACACGUGCAGAUAAGUCAAAGGGAGAUGAAGAUAGGCAGUUUAAGCGUAAGUUACAGAACACAAGAAUGUUUUAUAUAUACACAGUGAAGGUUUAAGUUAUAUGUUUUAAGUAAGUGAAGGUAAUGCCCCUAAACCCUAUGUACAACAGUGUAAUGAGUUUAUUUUUAAGAAGGGAAAAGUCGUAUAUGUUACCCUACAGUUGAAAAGGUGCAUUUGUCGUCAUGUUGAAAAGGCGGAUGCGAUGUCUUACUAUUCUUCUUUUGGCAUACAACCUUGCUGAGUGUUUAUUUAAGAGGAGAAAACAGUCGCUGUCGUAUGCCCUGAGAAUUGAGAAAGUGCAUACGACAUCAUGUUAUGGUUCCUUUGGCAUACGACCUUGCUGAGUGUUUAUUUAAGAGGAGAAAAAAGUCGCUGUCGUAUGCCCUGAGAAUUGAGAAAGUGCAUACGAAAUCAUGUUAUGUUUCCUUCGGCAUACGAUCAUGCUGUGUGUUUAUUUAAGAGCAGAAAAAAUCAGUCUUAUGCCCUGAGAAUUGAAAAAGUGCAUACGAUAUCAUGUUAUGUUUCCUUUGGCAUACGACCUUGCUGUGUGUUUGUUUAUAAGGAGGAGAAAAAAGUCGCUUGUAUGUUUUGAGAAUUGAAAAAGGUGCAUUCGACGUCUUAUUAUGUUCCCUUUGGUGUAAUAUUGUGUGAUUUUGUGUAUUUCACCCGGUAGCAGCGACGGGCCAAAUUUGUGGCUUUACCGUGUACCAGCGAUGGGCCAAAGUUUUGUGAUGAUAUAAACCCCCCAAAAACAGAUGAUGCAUAAACUGAUCACAAUUGCGUAAAUAUAUAUUAUGAAAUGGUUUGCGUGAGUGAUGAUUUUUUCUCAUUUUUUUCGCUUAGAGGGGCCUUCAAGAAUCAUGAUCCCCGCAGCUACCGGGUUAAAAGGAAAAGAGUCUGCCGUAUGUUCUGAGGAAGGAAAAGGUUCAAAUGUCAUGUUAUUUUCCCCCUUUGGAGUAUAACUACUUGACACUUUUGUUUAUGAGGAGGGGAAAAAGUUGCUGCCGUUUGUUCUGGUUAAGGGAAAGGUUCAGAGUCGUAUUAUAAUUUCCUUCACUGUAUGAUAAUGUGACAUAUUUAUAAGGAGGAAGAAAAAUCGGUUGUAUGUAUUUUCCAAGAAUUGAAAAGGUUCAUACGACAUGUUAUUUUUUCCCUUCAACGUCGAUUAUAAAUUAGUUUGAAAGGAGUAAAGGUAAAGGAGUGAAGUACAUACCAUUACCUUUAUUACUAUCAUUGUUAUUAUUCCUAUUAUUACUCUUUGUCUUUUCAAUACUCAUGUCGUGAAGUGGAAGAACACAUACAAUUAUCAUCACCAUUAUCAUUACGUUACAUCAGGUGGAUGGUGAUGUGGACAAUUUUGGUGGUGACGGUGAUUCGCAGUGAUGUGGUGAUGCCUUCAGUGCCAGGAAAGAACCGUCGUGCCAGUGAAAUGUACAGUGUUGCGUUGGAAGUGUUGCUUGUUGUGCUGUAGUGCUGGAUCAUGGAUUUGGUUGCCAGGCAGUCACUCAGUAUUGUGGUGUUUAUACCCUGUUUAUCUUGAUUUCCUCAACUCAGCAUCCACCAAUAGGAUUUAACCCUUCCCAGCAUCCAUCAAUAAGAUUUAACCCUUCUCAACAUCCACCAAUAGGAUCUAACCUUUCCCAGCAUCCACCAGUAAGAUUUAACCUUUCCCAGCAUCCACCAAUAAGAUUCAACCUUUCCCAACAUCCACCAAUAGGAUUUAACCUUUCCCAGCAUCCACCCAUGAGAUUUAACCCUUCCCAGCAUCCAUCAAUAAGAUUUAACCCUUCCCAGCAUCCACCAAUAGGAUUUAACCUUUCCCAGCAUCCACCAGUAAGAUUUAACAUUUCCCGGCAUCCACCAAUAAGAUUCAACCUUUCCCAGCAUCCAUCAGUAGGAUUUAACCUUUCCCAGCAUCCAAUAGUAAGAUUUAACCUUCCCCAGCAUCCAUCAGUAGGAUUUAACCUUUCCCAGCAUCCAAUAGUUAGAAUUAACCUUUCCCAACUUCCUCAUAUGAAAUUCAGCCUUUCCCAGCGUCCACCAAUGAGAUCUAACCUUUCCCAGCCAAGUUAAGGUAAACAGAGUAUUGCAUCAAGUAACCAGUGACUGCCUGGAGUAAUUGUUUGGUUAAUCUGUUGUUUGCUAUAAGAGAUGUGGACUUGUUUCCCGUAAGUUAUGAUUUGCCUUCAGUAUUAGAUUAACUCAUGCAAGGGAUGUGAUUUUUAAGGUAUUAUUUUGUAAGUUUGAGGAUGAGGAGGACAGUGAGUGGAGGAGUACAACGUUUGCCCUGGUUAUGUACUGAAGGCUUUGUUUUCUGCCUUCGACAUGUGUGUGUGUGUGUGUGUGUGUGUGUGUGUGUGUGUGUGUCUUGCAGGGAUUUUGAGGUGAUUCUUCAAGAGCUCUUUUACUACUUUGUAUGUUAUUGGGAGUGAGAAGAGAGAGAUAGAAAGGUGCGUUUUGAUAUACUUGUAAAGGUUUAGUGGGUUAGAGAACUGAGGAAAAUUGUUAACUUGUCAAGAGCUCUUUUACUUUUUGUCAUGUUGGUUGGGAGUGGAGAGGGAAAGAAAGGUUUGUUUUGAUGGAUUUGUAAAGGCUGUUCUACCCUAGUUAUGUGGGUAUAUGAACUGAGGGAAAUUAUGUUAGUUUUCAAGAGCUUUUCUACUCUUUUUCACGGUCUUUGGCAGUGGAAAGAGAGAGAGAAAGAAAGGUUUGUUUUGAUGGAUUUGUAAAGGCUGUUCUACCCUAGUUAUGUGGGCAUAAGAACUGAGGGAAAUUAUUAGUUUUUAAGAGCUCUUUUACUCUCUGUCAUGUUGUUUAGGAGUGGAGAGAGAAAGAAACCAAGACGUGUUUUGCUUGAUUUGUAAAGGCUGUUAUACCCUCGUUAUGUGGAUAUAGGGAGCAGGCAAAAUAUAGGUCAGUUUUUCAAGAGCACUUAUAUUCUCUUUGUCAUGGUCUGUGGCAGUGGAGAGAGAAAGAAAGCAAGGUGUGUUUUGCUUGAUUUGUAAGGGCUGUUAUACCCUAGUUAUGUGGGAUUAAGAACUGAGUAUAUUGUUUUCAUAUUUAUCCAGUUUUGGUUCUUUGUUUACUCUGAGGAUAGGCAGAGAAGAGGGAUGAUAGAAGAGAUUUACUUUGAUAAUAGGAGGAGAAAGAGAGAUAUAUAAUGAAGGUUAAUCUCUUAAAGCUGGUCGAUGUAUAUUGGGAUAAGAACUGAGUGAGUUAGUAUUUCGUGCUUUGAGAAGAGGAAGAGAAGGAGAAAGAAGUAUUAUGCCAAGAUGGUCACCUUAGUUUUGGAUUCUAGCACCUUGUGGAACUAAUCUCUUCAUCUCUCUUUAAUUAUAACUAUGUGUGGUGAUGGAGGUGUCAGUUUCCACAAGUCAGGUCACGUUAGGUCAUCACUAUAGGUCAGAUCACACCACACACACACAAGCACACGCACACACACAGGUUAUCCAGCACUGUCGAUUUCACGGUGUUUUUAUGAGAGUCUUGACGAGGAUGAACGGAACUGCUCGGAAAUGUUGCACCACCUGUCUUAAUGUAUCUUUGGUUGUUAUUCUUGUACGUGUUGCCUUGUGCCUGUUUGAGAAGCCACCCCACCUAUGGACCGUUGUGUAUACUCUGUUGUUGUGCUCGGACAAUGUAAACAGCAAACAGAUGAUGAAAAGGAAGAAAAACUGGUGUACUGAUGGAAAAGUGUUAGAUUUUCGAGGGCUGGCAUUAUCUCUCCUACUUUCUGCUGUUCCCGGACAAUGUAAACAGCAAACAGAUGAUGUAAAGGAAGAAAAACUGGUGUACUGAUGGAAAGGUGUUAGAUUUUCGAGGGCUGGCAUUACCUCCUGUACUUUUUGCUGUUCUCUGACAAUGUAAAGAGCAAACAGGGGAUGGUACAGAAGGGUGAAAAGCUGAAAUAUUGAAGGAAUGGUUUUGGACACUGAAGCAUUUGCCGUUACUGAAAUAUUGGAGUUUGAUUUUCGAGGGUCUUUUGUCACCUUUUGUAUUGUCAUUCUCUGUUGUGUUCUGAGCAUGUAAACAGCAAAGAGAAGAAGGUAAAAAACAGUGAAAUGUUGAAGGAAAGGUGUCAGAUUUUUGAGCAUGUGUUGUUUUGAAAUACUGAAGAAAAGUGUUAGAUGAGGAGGCUUGUGUUUUUACCUCUUGUUACUCUCUGCUGUGUUCUGGCCUUGUAAGCAGUAAAUAGGAGAUGAUGAAAAGAGUGAAAUGUCUCAGGAAAGGUGUCGUGUACUGAAGCAUUUGUCGACUUUGAAAUAUUGAAGGAAAGGAGUUAGAUAAGGAAGCUUCUGUUAUCACCUGUUGUUCUGUUACUCUCUGCUGUGUUCUGACCUUGUAAGCAGUAAAUAGGAGAUGAUGAAAAGAGUGAAAUGUCUUAGGAAAGGUGUUGUGUACUGAAGCAUUUGUCGACUUUGAAAUAUUGAAGGAAAGGAGUUAGAUAAGGAAGCUUCUCUUAUUGCCACUUGCUCCCUUGCUGUCCAUUCACUAACCUUGUAAACAGAAAACAGAUGGUGAAUAGGGUGAAGGACUUAGACAUUGAAGGAAAGGUUAAGGUACUGAAGCAUCACUCACUCCUGUACCCAUCUUGUUUGCCAUUCACUGACUUUGGAAAUGGGGGAAAAAAGAAAAAAAGAGAACAAGAAAAAUAACAAGAAAGCAGAAGAACAGAUGAUGAAGAGUGUGAUGAAGGGUUUGAUAAAGAAAUGUGUGAAUGUGAUGAUUGGAAACAACGAGAAAUGGAGAAAGAAAACAAUGAAGUGAGGCAACGUGGGGAUAUGGCGAUCAGGAAAUGGGAAAAAAUGGAAGCGAAGAACACGUCAAAGAGAAUAAUGAAGUGCGUAUAUGAUUGGACACGGCAGGAAAUAGAUAAACAUGAACUGAGGAAAUGGGAUAAAGGUGGAAACAGGUGGUAACAUAGAAAAGACAUAAAAACAGGACAUAGAAAUAAAUAAGCUUGAGAAAUAUUUAUGAGGAAAUGUUUUAUGUGAAAGAAGUUAGUGUAAUGAUUAUAUAGUGAAUGAAGUGUGAGGAUUCUAUAGUGAAGUUAUGAACGUAAAUAAAGCUGACUAACAAUAAGUGAAAAGGCAAGAAAAAGGAGACAAGCACCCGAGGAAAAUUGUAACUAAUCAACAAUAACCAUUCAUUGUUGACUCGUAAACAGGCACAUCGCUGCAGCACGGGGGAAAACAAUGACAGUAUACGUAAGGAAGUAAAGAAAAAAUGAUGUUGAUACGUGAUGAAGUAGAAAAUAUACUGAGAAAUACGUGGCGAGGAAUAUUAUGACGGCAGAAAGUUCAGGAAAAAAUAAUUGCGUUAAACUAUAAUUAAGGACGUGCUAUAAAAAUGAUGUUGAUAUGUAAUGAGGUGGGAAAAAAUACCAAGAAAUAUGUGACGAUAAUUUUUGCGACGGCAGAGAGUUUGAAAAAAAAAGACUAUACAUAAGGAAGGAGGAAAUUAAAAUGAUGUACGUAGUGAAGAAAAUGAAUCACAGAAAUACGCAUUGAGAGUUUUUAUGAAAGCAGGAAGUAGGGAAAGAAAACUACACUAUAUACGUAAUGAAUUAAGGGGAAAACUGUCAAUACGUAAGGAAGAAAUAAUACAUAGAAACGCUGAAAGUUGUUGGUUUGGGAAAAAAAGUCGAUAUACGUAAUGAACCAAAAAAUGAAUGUUGGUGCGCAAUGGAGUAAAGAAAAAAAUGGGGAAAUACGUAAUGAGAAAUCUUGUGACGGCAGAAAAUCAGAGAAAAAUGACUACACGAAAUAAACUUUAGAAAAAUACAGAAAUACGAAAUGAACCCAGAAAAAAAUGUUGGUAUGUGAUGAAAUAAAAAUACGUAAUGAGAAACUUUGUAACAGUGGAAAGCUUGGAAUAAAAAUAGUAUACGUAACAAACUAAAGAAAAAUAUACAGAAAUACAUAAUGAGAAACUAACGGCAGAAAUCAAGGUAAAAAAAGAAGAUAAAUAUACAUAACAGAAAGGGAAAAAAAUACAGAAAUACAUAAUGAGAAACCUUGAACAAAAGAGAAAGACGAUAGACGUAAUGAACCAAGGAAAGAAAAAAAAUAUAAACGGAAUGACGUCGAAGAGAAAUUCAUUGACGGCAGAAAUUUUUCACUCCCGUCACUCGCAAGUUCUCCCGAAGUGUAACAAUUUUCAACACUGGUUUUGUUUGUAUACAGAGAGCGUUCAGCAAGCCGGAGCUCAUAUUAUUUUCUCGGAUCAUUAUUCUGUUUAUUUUUUAAUUAUAUAGAGAAAGGAAACACUUGA